CUCAAAAUUUAUUUUCUUUUGGAAGUGAAUAACAACGAAAAAUGUUUACAAGACAACUUGUAAUAUUUUUAUGUGCUCUGCUUUAUACACAGGCCGAUCAUAAUAAUAAUCCAGCAAGGAGUUCAGAAAAUAAUAAUGAAAGUAAUGUUCGUAAUCCAAGAAGUGGUUCAUCGUUAUGGGGAAUGAAAUCAAAUAAUGGUUAUGCAGAUUCUAGUUACCAUAGUGUCCCUUUGUCGUUAUUAGAAUCUAAUAAUGAACUUAACUCAUACAGUAACAAUGCACUAUAUCAAGAAUCUGCAGCCGCACUUGCUGCUAAUGGAUUAUCUGAUAGUUAUUCUGCCAAAGCAUCAGGCCUAUCAGGUGCACAACAAUAUAUGGCAAAUCAAUUAGCUGCAAAUCAAUUAGCGAACCAUUUAGCAGCAGAUCAAAUGGUUGCAAGUCAUUUGGCAGCAGAUCAUAUGGCAGCAAAUCAACUAACUGCAAAUCAAUUAGCUGCACAUAGCCUAGCAGCAAAUGGUUUGAGUGCACAUGCUGCUAAUCAGUUAGCAGCAAACCAACUAGCUGCAAAUGGUUUGUCUGCAAACAUGGCUGUUGCACAUGGUCUAGCUGGUGCAAAUGGUCUAGCAGCAAAUGCCUUGGCUGCAAAUCAUCUUGCUGAAAAUCAAUAUGCUGCAAAUCAAAUGGUUGCUAAUCAAUUAGCUGCAAAUCAUUUAGCAGCGAGUGGAUUGGCAGCACAUCAAUUAGCUGCUAAUCAAAUGGCUUCUGGCCAAUUAAUGUUAAAUAAUGAACUUGCUGGAGCUUAUGGUAAUGCUGCUGGUCUUAACGCAAAUGGCCUUGCAGGAGCUUACGGAGAUGCUGCUGGUCUUGCUGGGGCAGCCAAUCUGGCUGACGCUGCUGCUCUUGCUGGAGUUUAUAGUGGUGCUGCUGGAGGUGCUUAUGGUAAUGCUGGUCUAAGUGCAGGUCUUGGCGGUUCGGUUGGUUAUGCUGGAAUGGGUGCUAAUCUUGGUGGGGCUGCUGCUUUCGCUAAUGCUAUGAAUGCAAGGGCAAAUGCAGCCUAUGUUGCAAUGCAAGGUGGAUAUUUUCGACCUCCAUCAGGUCACGCAUCUGCCAUGAGUGCAGACCAUAGUACAAAUGCUGCCAAUGCUGAUUCCUUAGCAUCCGGUUCAUUGGCAGGUAAUUCUGCCUCAUCCAGCCAUAGCAAUUCAUUAUACAACGCAGCUGGUAUGUCUUCAAGUAGUGCUGCGGCAAAUGCCGAUGCUUCAGAUGAUAUUCUAUCUGAUCAUUCAGCACUGCAUGGAGCAUCAGGACAGGCCUCAGCCAGUCCAUUAUUCCAAUAUACAAAAUAUCUGCAUAUUGGAGGUGGUGUAAGACCAGCUGUAUAUUACCCCUCGUAUCCAAGAAUUGUAGCUGCACAUCCACCAUAUUUACAGCCAGCAUACGUGUACCCAUAUUCCAGAGUGAAACGGCCAUUACUUAGUAUAAAUCCUAGUUUGAGUGUCACCCAUUCACAUGGAAGAUUGUAUUAAACUCAAUCAUGAACACAUAAUUAAUUUACUAUACAAUAAGCGUGUACUAUUUUGAC